CUCCCGCUCUCUCUCUCUCUCUCUCUCUGCAUCACUCAAAAGAAGUGCCUCCCUCGCGCAACAGGACCGGCAAUCCGAGGGGAGGGAGCACCCGUCCAAUCCGGCACCGGCCGGCCUGUUCGUCCGUCCGCUGUAUAAAACCGGACCCUGUGCCCCUGCUGGUCUCCUCUCAUCCUCUGCCGGGAGGCUCACUCCAUCCAUCCAUCCCGCUCCAAUCCGUUCCAUCGCUCCUCUUCUUCUCUGCCUCCCUCCAUCGGUGCUGUCGCUUCGACGGAUUGCCCAGCCUCGAUUUGAUUGAAUUCCAGGCGGACGCCGAGGAAGCCAGGGGGGCAGAGCAGCAUGGUCCUGCGGCUGCUGCUGCUGCUGCUGGUGGUGGUGAUGUUCUUCCCUGUGAUAUCGCGCCUGCAAGUUUGACGCAAAGUUUGCCAGGCCAAAUAGAGUUACUUCCUCCAGCUUUCUGAAGCCCGCAACGUCGAUUCAGCCAUCCAGUCCCCGCCUCACUCCCCUUCAAACAAAACCUCAAACCCAAACCAGACUUCACUGAAUCACAGUUUUGAAUUCAACCACAAAAAAGCCAGCUCCCAACUCCAGUCAACAAAAUUCCCUCGAAUUCUUGUUCGAUCCCAUUCCAAUCAGAAGCUCUUCCUAGCACAAACACAAGCAGCACUUCAGCGAUGCAGGGAGACCCCGGGUACGGGUACGGUGGCUACGGCUACGGCGGGUACGGCGCCGGCGGCUACGAUAGCGACAUGGCCGGGUACGGCACGUACUACGCGGCGAGCGACCGGUACCCCGCGGCGCCAGCUGCCUACGAGGACCCGCUCGCCGGGCGGAGGCAGCAGGACUUCCCGGCGCCGCUGACGGGGCUGGAGUUCCAGCCGUCGGACACCUGCCCCAGGAACUACGUCAUCUUCGACCAGACGUACGACCGGAGCCGCGUCAUGUUCCACCCCUCCCUGGCCAGCAAUCUGGGCGGGGGGUACGGCUACGACCACCACUGCUACGGCUACGACCAGGCCUACGCCGCCGCCUAUAACGACGGCGGCGGCGCGGCCGCGUCGGUUCGGCAGAAGGAAGACACGGACGAGAUCGACGCGCUGAUGAGCACGGAGGACGGCGAGGACGAGGACGACGUGGUGAGCACGGGGCGCACCCCGGGGUGCCGCGGCGGGGGGUCCUCCCCGGACUCGACGUGCUCGUCCGGGUACGGGGCCGGCGGGCGGAAGCAGGAGGCCGGCGGCGGCGGCGAGAAGAAGAAGGAGCGGAUGAAGAAGAUGGUGCGGACGCUCAAGGGGAUCAUCCCCGGCGGCGAGCGGAUGGACACGCCGGCCGUCCUGGACGAGGCCGUCCGGUACCUCAAGUCCCUCAAGGUGGAGGUCAAGAAGCUCGGCGCGCGCGGGUCAAGCAGUUAGCUUCCAAGCGGCGCAAGGCGGCCCACGUAUCAGCAGGCAUAGAGUUCAUUUGUUGUUGUUCCCGGUGGCGGCUUCCUGUACUGUACCCACUCUGCAUGCAUGCUUUAGACUGCAUUACGCGAGAACCAGAAUUCAGAUAGAACAAGGAAGGUUCAGUUUA